AGUCACUCACACUCAUUCUGUCCUCUGUCUCACCAGCAACAGAACUUUCAGUUCCUGUGAUUCACUUCACUUUUUCUCAUUUUUUUUAAUUUUAAUUGUUUUGCUUUGAUUCACUCCUGGAAACUAUACAGCGCUCUGCUUCUACUGAGGAUUUCUUUUUUUCCACUGCAGCAUGGAGGUCACCACUGGGGAAUAUGCUGAUAACUAUGAAUAUUAUGAUGAUAACGAAACUGCAUGUGACUACUCGGAGUGGGAGCCCUCUUACUCCCUCAUCCCGGUCCUCUACAUGCUCAUCUUUAUCCUGGGCCUGUCAGGUAAUGGUGUGGUCAUUUUCACGGUGUGGAGGUCCAAAUCUAAGCGUCGUGCUGCAGAUGUGUACAUAGGAAACCUGGCCCUUGCUGACCUCACCUUUGUGGUGACCCUACCUCUCUGGGCUGUGUACACAGCUCUGGGCUACCACUGGCCGUUUGGGGUGGCUCUUUGCAAGAUAAGCAGCUACGUUGUUCUCGUCAACAUGUACGCCAGCGUGUUCUGCCUCACCUGCCUGAGCUUUGAUCGUUACCUGGCCAUCGUGCACUCCCUCUCCAGCAACAAGCUGCGUUCACGAGGCACCAUGCUGGCGUCCCUGGGUGCUAUCUGGCUCAUGUCCGGUCUCCUGGCCGUGCCCACGCUCCUUUUCCGCACCACUGUGAGUGACCAAAACAACCGGACCACAUGUGCCAUGGACUUCAGCAUGGUGACCAGGAGCCAGAAGCACGAGUCCCUCUGGAUUGCGGGACUCAGUCUGUCCUCCUCUGCCUUGGGUUUUCUCCUACCUUUCUUGGCCAUGACCAUCUUCUACUGCUUCAUCGGCUGCACGGUCACCCGUCACUUCAACAACCUGCGCAAGGAGGACCAAAAGAAAAAGCGCCUGCUGAAGAUCAUCACCACACUGGUGGUGGUGUUUGCCAUCUGCUGGACUCCCUUCCACGUGCUGAAGAGCAUGGAUGCCCUGUCCUACCUGAACCUUGCUCCAAACUCCUGCAGCUUCCUGCGGUUCCUCCUGCUGGCUCACCCCUACGCUACUUGCUUGGCCUACGUCAACAGCUGCCUCAACCCGUUCCUGUAUGCCUUCUUUGACCUUCGUUUUCGUUCCCAAUGUCUGUGCCUGCUCAACCUGAAGAAGGCACUGCACGGCCAGAUGAGCUCCAUGUCAUCUACCCUAAGCGCCCAGACUCAGAAAUCAGAAGUUCAGUCUCUGGCCACCAAAGUUUAGAGAGUAAAAGGAGACGUGGAGCAGGGCUGCGGGACAGUCCCAGCUCCAACCACUGGAACACUUGUAAAAAUAUACACUUUAUGUGUCCAUUGUUUAACGCUGGUAAGAUGAGAUGAUGAACUUUAAGCUGUCACUGCCUACAGUUAUGAAUUCCACUGUAAAUUCCUCCGAUUCUACAGCACGAGGUUGAUGCUCUGUGUGAUGUGUGAACUGAAGCUGGAGCCAGCUGGCUGAACUCUUUAGCUGCUUCUGUCCUCAAAUUCUCAGAGAAGAAGUCUAUAUUUUUGUCUCCACAAGAUUUUUUCAUUUAUAUCACAAAAGACUGCAGAUCUAUGAAUUGUGAACCAGACUUGCAUGGAAAUCUUUUUACACUGGAUAAAAAACACAAAGCUAUACAAUAUUUUCAUACUUUUUUUUUUUUUUGUUUUCCAGAUGUGUUGUUAUUUUGUUUUAUAAGCACUUGUUAAGAAUGUGUGAGCAGGGAUAUCAAGCAGAGCCAGGUCCUUUUCAAUGCCUGAUGUUUGUGAAGUUUGAAGUCUGGGCUGCAGGGAGAGAGGGAGGGACGGAGGUGUAAGAGGAGAAAAGGUGUUGCGGCUUAAUUAUAUAGUUUGUGGAGAAGUGACGGGGGGCAGACAGGCAGAUGGCAGUUGACAAAUGUUGUUGAGAAACAGGAGCGGGGUGGGGUGGGAUGGAGGGGCUUCGUGGUGUAGCCCCAGCACUAAAAAAGGGGACAAAGGAACUUCAUAAUUGUUCCAAACUGAUGUAUAUGUUUUUUUUUAGACAUCACUGUAACUAACUACUGUAUUAAACACAUGUGCUAUAAAGAGA